CGUCUGGUAUUCUCUUGCACGACUGACCCGUCACAGGGUAUUUCUCGUUGAAAUGCUAGUGUGCUGCAUCUUGGCCGUGUUCUUUCUGUUCUACUUCAAUCGUCUUUUCGCCACUCUUGUUUCCUAUGGUAUCCGCGCAUACACUUGGCACAAGUUUCAUGCCUACAUCGACAUCCAGGCUCUCCAAAUAUCACUGCUCGGUGGGCGGUUGUUCUUCAAAGACAUACGAUAUCAUGGCCACAAUCAGACGAUUCUAGUUCAUGGAGGUCAUGUCACCUGGCAAUACUGGCUACGCAGAGUCAGAGAUGCCGAAGUAUAUUCGACAGAAGCCCCGCCCGGCCGCGGUACCGGUCCCAAGACUCCCGAUACGCGCAGUACCUCCUCCGAUAUCAGCGGGCGAACGGAUGAUCAAGCGGAAAGAGGGGGAAGCCAAAGCCAGAAGAGGCUGUCAUGUCGUGUUACUGUCAAGAUCUCAGGUCUCGAGGCGUUCAUGUACAAUCGCAGCCCUGCGUACGAUGUGAUUGUCGAGGCCCUCCAGCGUAAGGCAAACGCAGCCCAAAGUCAGGGUUCAAAGGCUCCCAUGCCUGGCCAGCAAUGCCCUUCCAACAGUUUGUCGGAGAGAUUUGAUGACCUGAACGGGAAUAAGGUCCAGCCAACCCUCACCGAACCGUCGGCCGGGCAAAGCACCAGUCAAGACGCUUUACCGUGCUUUCUACGCCUACUUCCAAUCAGCGUUGAGUGCAAUAAGGGUGCUGUAGUCGUUGGAAAUGAGCACACGGAUGCUGUCAUUACAGCUCAUUUCGAUAAAGCUAGCGGGGAAUUUGAUGCCGGCAAAAGCGGGCCGUUGGACAUGUAUCGACAGAUUUUCAAUUUCAGUUUCACGCAUCCUGUUGUUCGCAUGGUGCCGAAUCCAGAUCACAAGUCUUCGCAGCUCGAUUUUGCGGCCCAAAUCAAGCAUGAAAGUGCCGAAGCGCCCAUUGGGCAGGGUCAAGAGGACAGUGAGAAACAGAAUAAGAGGAAGAGAAAGCCUUGGCGUACCAGCAUUGCCCUCUCCUCCCUGUUCUCGAAGUCGUCGGACUCGGUUCGUACGGAUAUCGACUCCAAGACAAGGAAGAGGAAAAAGUAUCACGAAGCUCAGUUCAAGCUGCCAGGGGAAGAGAACUGGAGAGGCCUCACGCGUUACUUAGCUGACCAAGGGAAUGGUGGCCACACCGAGUGGCUUGAAGUGCAAUAUGCGAGCGCGUCAGUCCUUCUGGAUAGUCCACGAAUCGAUUUAAGUUUCCACUGGGACGUUCCUGGCCUUGUUCCCGGCGAAAUGGAGAACAGUUCCCAUGUCGAUCCAGCAUACCCCGACGAUAUCAAUGGGAGUAUUCCCCCUGCCUAUGGUAUGGAUAUACAAUUGCACGGAGGUACCAUCAACUACGGUCCAUGGGCGGAUCGCCACCGAGCAGCUUUACAGGCUAUGUAUUUUCCCGGCCUGCAUGUCGACGCCGAGCCUGCCUCGGCCCUGGUCGCUGGUAACGCACGAGUUUUGACUAUCUUCAAGAUACAUAUCACCAUUGAGGAUGACACCGUUGUCCGCAUUCCUAUCCGUGAAUUUUCGAAAGACUGGAAGUGGAAGGGCAAGGCAAAGCCCACACCGGCCCGGGACAAGCAACCAGCCAACAAGCUGACAGGGAAACCCAAGUCUCGUAAACGAACGAAGCAUAGAGAUAAUGCCCCUGGCGGUGGCCGCCCUUUUGGCUGGAUUGAUGUCAAAGUUGCGGGAAACACUUCGCUAAACUAUAUCAUGGAUAUGGUUCCGUCAAAGACCGGCUACCACAACAAGCUAGACAUUGAUGUUAUCAGCACCGAAGUGUCGUCUAGCGUGAACCACGGCUUGCUGUGGCGCUCCGGACAUGUUUCCCUGGACUGUGACCUUUCGAAUCCUCUGGGCUGGAACAGUCUGCGCAAAUGGGUCUUCAGCAUAUCUUGUCAAGACUUGGAACUCUUUCUUCUCAGGGAUCAUCUAUUUCUUCUCACAGACCUAGUCACAGAUUGGGGUUCCGGGGCCGGUCCCGACUACUUCACAUUUGUGCCAUUCCAGUACCUCCUGAAGGUUAACUUCGAUAACUUCAAGCUGUACCUCAAUACGAAUGACUCCAACAUAAUCAACAAUCCCGCCGACCUGGAUGAUAAUAAUUUCAUCAUACUGUACGGCCGGAAUUUACACGGAGACGUGGUGAUACCCUUAGAUCGAUUCAGGCCUCUCCAGAAUGAGAUUACAUUCGAUUUACGCGGUCGUGCCUUGGGACUUGAGUUGUGCAUGCCGCCGAGAAACACUCUGAAGUCCUUCAUCAAGUCCACAAAUGUUGCUAGUGUCGGCGACUUGGUCUUGAAAGGCAGUCAUACAUAUAUGACUGACACAUCGCCCGAAAGUACGGAUCGACUGUUUAUGGACAUACAGGGCAGCGGUCUUAUAUUGGAUCUUUACGGCUGGCUCGUUCAUCACUUCCUCAAGUUGAAAGACAACUAUUUCGGGGAGGAUUUGCAUUUCAAGACUCUGGACGAAUUCCAGGGGCUUUCGAACCACCCUGUCGCAACUGAGAUGACGGCCCAGAGUGGGCACCCUUCCAAAUCGUCGAAUGACCUCGAUGUGAUCCUAUGCAUUUCAGCAGAACAAGGAAUGGUCUCAUUACCGUCCAACCUGUACUCUUCUGAUAAUUGCAUCCGUGUGGAUAUCCCGUACGCUUCGGCGGACCUUCGUUUUACUAACUACUAUAUGGACCUCAUGGUCAAUUUUAGUCCAGUCAGCCUCUCUGUAGCAACCUCUAUCGCAGAUCCAGAGCAAGGAACCAAAAUUGCCACCGGUCAGACGGAGAUGUUCAUUGACUCCUUGGAGAUAUAUGGCCAUCGACUAUUCGGGCUGCCCCCAGCUGAACCGACAUACGUGUGUAACUGGGAUUUUGACGUGGGCACAGUUUCUGGGGAAUGUACACCAAAGUUUAUUGAAACAGCCGUUGGCGCAGCACGCUCUUUCGCAUUCACGUUUGACGAUCCGGAGAACUCUUUAGCUACUGCCGAUCCCAUCGUCAUCCACGAUUCAACAUUUCUUCGGCUGAAGACGCGGGAGUUCCGGCUAUGGUUCCAUAUCGCCACCGAAGCCAUGCUACUCACUGCUGGCCCGCUGACUAUUGACUUCAAUGAUUGGGCUGGGACGAGGUUCUCACAGCGCGUGAAUGUCUCGAUCCCUGAUCUGUCACUUGCUAUGGUUGAUGCGAAAUCCGCCUUUCGCCACAGGACACAAGCUUCCGAGAAGCAGGCCGUACAAACACAUGCUUUUCUGCAGACGAACCUCACAAUUGAUAUGCUUAGACGAAAACUGGACUUCUCGAAAGACCGGAGCAGGCAGCAAACUCACAUGCGUCGACAGGAUCAGAGGACUCACCGCACCCCUUUUCUGUUCAUAGAUCAAUCUGCGGAUGAUCACAACCGUAAUGGGGAGAAAGACAUAAGGGCGCCAGCUAUGCAAUUUCCCGAUCUUCCACAUCCUGUCUUCCUAUACCGACCUAGCGAGCGCGGCUCCACCGUGUCGUCAGAUUACCACUUCGAACCCGUGUCGACCACAGUGCCACAACUGGGCAGGGUGCCUCUUCGAUCGACGUCGACAAGUUCUCUCGCACGUAGCAUCAAAUCCUCGUACAGGGGCAGGAAAGAUCAUCAGGUUAAGCUUUCGGGCCGGCACACUGCGCUGGACGGCCGUCAUUCUCGAGCCGGAGACCCAUUGAUGGCCAAGCGCUUUACCCCAGAUGAGGGCAUCAAGAAAGAAAACUCACCUCCUACAUCGUUAGCAUGGUCAAGUCCUCUCGCCACACCUCACUUUCCGCUAGCACACAUUGAAACCGACCUGACAGAGGUGCCGCACAUCCCCGAAGUGCGUGCUGACCUGUCUAUCGCCGACGAUGAGACUGCCUAUUUCAACGACAUUUCUACAAGUCACCUGGACGAGGACUUUGACCAUAUCACCCUCAUUAUCACUGCGGAACCGGGCGUACGAGGGUUUUGCAGUCCUGACGCUGUCCGCUGCAUGUCAAAUUUGCUUUCGGUGAUCCUGCCGAAGGCUCCAGAAGACUUGUUGGACGAAUUUCAUGUUUGCGUUAUGGACAAAGUCCUGGAGAGUGCAAAACUCCGCGAAGGCAAGGGGAAGUCAGUUGAUAUUUGUGUGCGUGUUCCCUUUGCCCACUUCCGCUUCCUAAACGAAUACGCGGAAGAAUCGUCCCAGGCAUCUGGUAAAGAUCAGUACGAUAUUAUUCUUAAUCGACUAAAUCUUGCUGCUCGCGUCAAGAAGUCAACCGCCCAUCAGGCGUUAGAAAAUACAGUAGCCCUUCACACAGUGCUUGAUUCGCUAGGGUUCUCAAUCACUGAACGAAAGCGGCCAGAUGCUCACGAGGAUGUAGCAAUUCAAGCUGAGCUCAAGGACAUCCUUUUCUGGGCGUUAAGAAAGAAGGAAGCCUCGAUGCAUAUUUCGUUCAGAACUCUGCGAGCGGCCACUGCAAGCAAGCAAAUCUCUUAUUUGACCGACCUUAUUCUCCGCACUGCGAUCUUGGGCGACGAAUUGGUCACAUGUUUCAACCAGGUGAAGGACGCACAUCAAUUGCGCCUACAAUAUCUUGCUUGGUUUCUCUCAGAUGUCCAGAGUCGGUUCGGAGAACCAACCUUUAUGACGAAAGCAUCUUUCGCUCUGCGGACAGACCGAGACCAUCUCCGUAACCAUGAUUCUUGGAAGAUCAUAUCCCGCCUUCGACAUAUCUGGCGUAGUUUAUCCAUUGCGGAACAACACAAACUAACCGAAGACUGUGCUCAAAGGUCCAUCGCCUGUCCGACGGGAGUCAAGGAGAUGACAAUAGCAAGGUGGGACCAGUGGCGCACAUGGGAACUUGGCCACGCGAAAUCUAGCCUCGCAAUGAAAGUUCUCUUCGACUUGCCUUCCGAGCAAGGACCUGUUCGCCCUUCUGUACCGGUGCGGUUGGACGUUCGCGCACAUUCGCUGAGUAUGGUCAUUGAUCCGGGGCCAACUCAGAGUGAGGCGUCUUUGCGGAUAUUGACCCUGAACAUUGCGGCAAUCCCCCCCUCUCAGCCCACUGGACUCAUGCUACUUCCCAGCCAAAUCACCAAGAAGUCUACAACAGUGCAGCUCGGUACCGAGGAGACAUCGAUUCGCUUGCGUUGGGAAUUAUGUGAACUUAUCGAGAUACUGAUCACCAAGUUUCAGCACAAUGCACUGGGACAGCGCGGACCGCCGCAGCACACUUCGAUUCCCGCGAGCACACCUAGCGAAGAACAUGAAGUUCAGUUUGUCUAUGUUUCAGACAGGGCUGAAGUGUGCUUAGACACCAUAAACCUCCGAGCCAGCGCCGAGGGGGAAGGACUACGAUUUUCGGUUGCCAACUCUAUAAGACCCCCGCAUAAAGCUGACGAAGUGUUUACUGCACUCAUCCACCUGGAACAGGCCGUCAUGCAGCUAGGGGCUCGAACCCGCCCUCUUGUGGUAUCUCAAUAUGACCGUCCGAGUUUAUAUGUCGCUCUCUCCGAAUUUGGGCACGGCAAGCCAAUUCCCGGAAACAUAAAGCUCGCUGGAACUAGUCGUACGAUCAAAAUGCGGGUCAAGGAGGACAUACUUGGCACAAUCGAAGUCAUAGAUCUUGUCCUUCGGGAUGAAGUUGCUUACCUUCACAAGCAGACUACUGCACUCAAGAGCUCUGUCGAGCAAGAGCCUGGAGAAUCCGUUGUCACGGCAGCGGGGAGACUCGAGGAGCAGCUACCUGAGAUUACACUAGCUCUUUUCAUGGAUGCCUAUACCGUCGAAUUGGCCCUACUUCAGUCAUUGGCAUGGAAAAUAACUGGUUCAUCCGGCCGAAUAUCAGUAGUUCCUGCGCUCGGCCAGGAAAAGAUGCUUAAAGUGGAUUAUGAUCUGGCAGCGCAUAGGCACGAAAUGGUAUCAACUUCGCCGGAGAGUCCCAGCGUGAUCAGUUCACUAGAAUUGCCUCCUUUCAAUGGCCGAUUGAUAGCAAAGCUUACCCCGACCGAGACAAGAAUAUCUGCAUCAGGAAUUGUUGAGACCAUUCACCUUCAGGGAUCCGAAAUACAAGCUAUCGUCGCAACAUUGAAUAAACCGGAGUUUUCCAAUUUCCUCACCGCGAUCAAAGAAGAUAUCGGCAUUUUGCAGACGCACGUCGCGGAGGUAUUCCCGAAGAAUGCACCCCUGGCUGUUGCAGAAGACAGCCAGUCAUCACCCGACUUACUUUUCGACGUUGGUAUGACACUUUCUGGCUUAGUUAUUGUUGCCAACGCACCCGGGAGACUACCCAGCUCUGCCACUGCGAGCCUAUCCAUCGAAUUGGCCUCCAUCCUGUUGAAGGCAACAAAUAUCAGUCCUGACCAGUCCCGUUUGGAUCUCCCGGAGUCAGUUGCACACCUGGGGGAACUGACUGUUGCGCUCACCUUGUCUGACGCGGAGACUAUCAGGCGCUGUGGUGACCUUGCUUUCGGCGCAAGCUUGCAUGCGACAACGCAAGAGGAGUCAAGUGGCCGUCAGCGGGUGAUUAGAGUGCGCAGCUCAGGGAUGGAGGUAAACAUGUUUGCGGAUACGGCAUCAGCGGUUGUAGAUGUCGUGAACCACCUGCAAGACAAGAUUAAAGAUCUAGACUUGUCGAAAGAGAGGAAAAUAUUGAGGAGACUGCGCCAUAGCACCGGCCGAAUCUCUCAUAGACAGGAUACGACCGAGCCACCUCUUGAUCAAGAAAGUGUCAGCUCCGGUGGAUUCUUCACGUCAACAUAUGAUAUCGAACUCUCCAAGAUCCAGGUUAGCUGGAUCGUUGGAACUUCCAUCCCUCCGUAUGCUCAUACCGAGGUCGAAGAUCUCGUUCUAUCUUUCCGAACCAUCAGGUUUCACACUAGGAAAGCUGAAGUCGCACGCCUGAUGAUUGAAGAUAUGCGCCUCCAAAUGGUUCCUAUAUCGGCUCCAAAGGACACGAGAUCUCUCAACUCAGCUCUCCUUCCCGAGGUGGUAUUCUAUGUCAGGUACUCUUCGACCAACGAUGGACGAAAUGUAGCUUUCCAGGCCGCUGGCAAGUCUCUUGACUUGUGCUUGAACUCUCGCUUCAUCCUUCCCGCAAAUAUCAUUGAACGCUCGAUUGCCCUGGCAGGAAGGAAAUUCCAUGCAGCCUCCGCCACCUGGAGCAUGACUCCGACCACCACUGGCGCACAACGGAAGAAUCCAUUUGGCAAUAAGAGGUUCGCUUCGAUCCUUGUCGGCGCCAACUUCGCAGGUGCUGUGGUUCACAUAACCGCUAGAGAUCCCGAACAAUCCGCUGGCCAAAGGCCCACCAAAGCACAGCAAAAGGGAAGAUAUAGCCAAUUUAUCGGCGAUGAGUCCAAGAGCAGCAUGGUGCUAAAGGCACCAGGUAUAGCAUUGAAGGUUGAAUACAAAGACGAUGGCCAUGACCCCUCGAUGAACGGAGAGCUCAGGAUCGAUGGAUCAAGUAACACGUUAUACCCUACGGUUGUCCCGUUGUUGAUCGAUAUUGCGGAUAGCAUCAAAGGAGUCGUGCGUGACAAACCUGACCAGCCGUCUGCUACGGACAACGGAUUCGACAAUGCACCCAAGCCGCUAGCAAAGCUCCCUAGUGAGGAGAACCUCAUCACUGCUGACCCCAGUGCAAUUCUGGGUAGGACUCGUCUCAAUCUCGGUUUGAGAAUUUGCAAACAGGAGUUCAGUCUGAGUUGUCAACCCAUCGCCAGAGUUGUUGCCAAUGCCAAGCUAGACGACAUUUAUAUCACGGUCAACAAUGUCAAGUCUGAAGAACACGGUCAUUUUUUCGCCGCUUCCGCCGUCUUCGAGAAACUGGUGACAAAGGUUCAACAUGUGUAUUCCCGAGAGUCCACUUUUGGUUUUGAGGUCGACGCGGUAGUACUUUCUUUGAUGAAUAGCAAGCACCUGAGCGGCACUGGUGGCAUAUCUGCCAUUCUCAAGUUCGAUCCAACCCGUGUCCGGAUUAAUGCCCGUCAAUUGCAGGACUUCCUUUUAUUCCGGGAAAUUUGGCUGCCCCCAGAGAUGCGACAGGCGUCGAAGCCUCCCACAGAGGACGUCAGGGCCAACCAUCCGGAAUACCUCAUCCAGCGCUAUGAACAGGCUACCGCAGCUACAGCGUUUCCUUGGAAUGCAAAUGUCACUCUUUCCGAUGUCCGGAUCGACCUUGACCUUGGCCAAGCUAUUGGAAAAUCCUCGCUACACAUCCAUAGCCUGUGGGCGUCGUCGAGGAAAAGCACCAACUGGGAGCAAAACAUGUGCAUUGGGGCGGAGAAGAUUGCGCUUGAAAGCACGGGUCGUACCAGUGGUUUCGCUGAACUGCAUGGUGUCAGGGUCCGCACUUUCAUAAGCUGGCCCUCCAGUGCGGGUGUUCGACUAGCGCCACUUGUCCAGGCUUCACUUGGAUUCAACCAGUUUCGCGUCAAAUCUAGCUUCGACUACCAAACCUUUGCGACCGCGGAUAUUGCAAACUUCAACUUCCUCAUGUACAAUGUCCGUGAUCCGAAGAAGACGGGCUCGGAUCGACUGGUUAAUAUCUUAGAUGGUGACAAGAUUUUUGUAUGCUGCACUGCAACGAGCGCGGCCCAGGGUUUGGCACUCUAUCAAGCCAUUCAACGCCUUGUCCAGGAGAACCAGCAGGCAUACGCGCAAUCUCUUAAGGAGAUUGAGAAAUAUCUACGUCGCAGUUCGUCGAUACCCGGUCCACUUGAUCGCUCUCCAUCGCAGGGAAUGAUUGCGCGUAAAAAAGAGGAGAACGAAUUCAAAGCUCCAAUAUUUCUGCAUACGGAUGCUGUAGUUACAUUGCGCUCGAUCAAUUUUGGCGUCUUUCCGUCCAACUUCGUGGAUAAUCAGAUGUUGUCCAUCGAGGCCGGAGAUGUACAAGCGAGGUUUGCGGCCGCGUUCGAGGAAGGCAAGAUCCGUUCUGGUCUCGGACUGACGCUUGGAAAGCUCAGCGUUGCUCUCGCCGGUAUCCCAACACCGAAACAGACCACGCCAGCAUCGGACCUGACGAUUGAGGACGUGCUUGACAGGGCCAGAUCUGCUCGUGGAGGAAUCAUCGUGCGUGUUCCCAAGGUUGUUGCCAAUAUGCACACAUGGCAGGCCCCUGAUAGUAACGCCAUUGAUUACAUAUUCCAAUCGAAUCUAGAGGGCAAGGUCGAUGUGGGCUGGAAUUACUCGCGCAUAUCCUACAUCAAAGGUAUGUGGAGUAACCACUCACGGACUCUCGCGUCACGACUGGGAAAGCCGUUGCCUGAGUCGAACAUCAAGAUCACUUCGUCUCAGGAAACACCCUCAACACCGUCAUCAACGGCUUCCUUCCUCAAGUCUCCUUUUGGUUCCAAGGACAAAUCAGCAGAGAAGGGGACAGAUAAGGACAAAGAAACAGUAACACCAUCGGACCCGUCCAAGCCGCAAGGGAAAAUCACAGCCGAAAUCAAGGUGCCCCAAUCACGGUACACAUACCAUGCGCUUGAACCGCCUAUCAUCGAGACACCGCAGCUCCGUGACAUGGGCGAGGCGACGCCGCCGCUGGAGUGGAUAGGGUUGCAUAGAGAUCGCUUGCCGAACGUCACGCAUCAAGUCGUUAUAGUGGCCUUGCUGGAGAUGGCGAGGGAGGUGGAGGAGGCGUACAAGCGGAUUCUGGGCAGCUCGUAAUGUCAGUGUGUUCCUGAUAUGAUUAUAGAGUUUUUAUAAACUUUCUCAGCGUCAAAACACGUAUCAAAGUUUAUUUGACAUUACCAGUACUUCCGCAAUGACGGUACUUUCAGUUUCUAUUGUCAUCCUAACCUGUUGGCGAACGCCUGUUUUGUCGUGGGGUGCCAAUAACAUGCGCUUUCGUCACAUACUCUGCCACUGUUUUGUGCCCUACUAUCCGCUACUAUUGUGGUUGACGAACGAACUUUAGAAACGCUUCUCAACAGACACCAGCAGCCAUUGCGAUUUUCAUGUCAUUAUCGAUGUCC